AGUUCCGUGCCCGGGGCCAGGGCGCGGCAGGGCGGCAGCUGACGAGGCCUCCGGGUAAUGGGCAACUCGGCGCUUGGGCGCGCCUAGGCUGGAACUGGCCGUUCGGGUCGCCGGGGAGGCAGCGGACCGCGGGGCCACGCUGCGCGGUGGGCGAGUGGGCUUCAAGGGUUUCACACGGGGCGCGGUACUGCGACCGCGCGGCCGACGCGGCCGCUUUUGCCCUCUAUUUCCCUCCCCCGCCGCUCUCACGCCAGGGAGGGGGUCCAAGCCCGGAGCCAGCGAACUUGUGGCUGCGGGGCGCGCCACGGAAGGCUCCGGGCCUGGGACACGCGUCGGGCCUGACUUGGCAGCUGUCCCUCUCGCCCCGCUGCUCCCGCACCCCGCACCACUAGUAUAUCAUGCGGCUCGUCGCCCUCCUCCGCCUUGCCAUCUCGGGCUCCGGCUCACGGCACUCGCCUCCCCACCUUUCCCUUUCCGCGCCCACCGCCGUUGCCGCAUAUAGCAACCUAGAAUCCGGAUAGCCUAGCCACGCCGUCGGCGGCGGCGAGUAUAUAUACACCCAUCCAGUCCAACGACGACUCUCUGGCCUCCUUCCCUGCGGCCUGUGGUGGUGUUGACGGGAGGGACUGCGUGAUCGAUCAGGUAGCAGCUAGCUAGCGGGCGCGCCACCGUUUUCUUUCUCCCCGCCAUGGCGAGCGUGGACGCGGCCGGGGUGGCGCCGUUCGUAGCCAAGACGUACCGCAUGGUGGACAACCCGUCCACGGACGCCGUCAUCGCGUGGGGCCGCGACAGCAACAGCUUCGUCGUCGCCGACCCCUUCGCCUUCUCGCAGACGCUGCUCCCCGCGCACUUCAAGCACUCCAACUUCUCCAGCUUCGUGCGCCAGCUCAACACCUACGGCUUCCGGAAGGUGGAUCCGGACCGGUGGGAGUUCGCGCACGUCUCGUUCCUGCGCGGGCAGACGCACCUCCUGCCCCAGAUCGCCCGCCGGAGCGGCGGCGGCGGGAAGCGCAAGGACUGCGGCUCCUGCGCCGCCGACGCCGGCGCCGGCGCUGCGGCUGACGAGGACGCGGUGGCCAUGGAGGUGGUCCGGCUGAGGCGGGAGCAGCGGGCCAUCGAGGACCAGGUGGCCGCCAUGUGGCGCCGCGUGCAGGAGACGGAGCGCCGGCCCAAACAGAUGCUCGCGUUCCUCCUCAAGGUCGCCGGGGACCCGCAGGUGCUGCGCCGCCUCGUCUCGUCCACGGCGGCCGGCGCCGGUGGCAACGGGAGCGACGCCGCCGUCGGGUUCGCAGCGGGGCCGGCGGAGGACGGCGCCGCCGGGGAGGUGGCGAAGAGGGCGCGCCUGCUUCUCGACGACGCGCCGGUCUACGGCGCCGGCGGCAGCGACGCCGCCGCGGACUUGGGCGUGUUCUACGGCGGCGCCGGCGAGGACGUCGGGUUCGGCGGCGAGGCCGGCGGGUACCUGCAGCCGCCGCCGUACGUGUUCCCCGUGAACAGCGGCUACUGACGGCGCCAUGGCGACGACGUACCGCGCCUCGAUCGGCGGUCGCUGGCGUCGUUUUUUUUUUGUCGUCGCGUGCGUGUUCCGGUGCCACCUGCCCUCGCGAAUUGCCUGGGCAGAUGGCAGCGGCGGACGGUGGCGGAGGCUCGUCCAGCAAGGCACGAGCUCGAUCCUCGACCGGGCUGGUAGCCUGGUGCUUCAGGUCGCGUCGCGUGUACGGGCAGGCGUGCGUGGAACCGGAAUAAUAAGAGGCUGUGGAAGUGCGAAGCCUCGGUCGUUUAGGCAGGUUUAGGUAUAGGUCGUCAUGGUUCUUCCCCAGUGAUGUGAAUACCACACAGCAGUAGUGCCUCCAGUUC